AGGUGAGCAUGUCUCCCAACUGGGAUGGGUGAUGGUGAGGAGGUAUGUUUCUGUUUGUUAGGUGGGCAGUUGGGGGUGGGGGAUGUCCCUGCUGACAUCGAAGCAUUGGUUAGCCUAGACUUAGAACUGACUUCCCUUUCUCCUGACUUCAGGUGUCGUUAUUCUAGCACAACGCAGUCGCGCCAGAUAACACGAACAGGAUGGAAAGCCAAGUGACCACGGCAGAGAGACAGGAGGAGCUGGGGCAGACUCUCUUCUUGUUCGCGGAACCUGUUUCCACCCCCAAGAGAAGCCAGUGGCGACGCCUGUGGGUGAAUCUGCGCGAGCAUGUUAGAAGACGGUGUCAAAAAGAUGAUCCGGAAGUGAAGCGAAAGGCUGCAGUCGCCAAGAACGGCAACUACCGCAUCCACAACUCAGGCUUGUCGGAACAUAGACGUCGUUUCCUGGCCGACAUCUACAUCACCAUGAUUGAUCUCCCUUGGCGCUACGCCAUCGCCAUUCUCUUCAACGCAUUCCUGUUCUCAUUUCUUAUCUUCGCCAUCCUCUGGUGGCUGAUAGGUCACUCCAAUGGUGACUUUGAGAACUUUGGCAACCCAAACCACACGGCUUGCUUGAAGGGCGUCCAGGGGUUUGCAGGAUCUCUGCUGUUCUCUAUUGAAACCCAGACCACCAUCGGGUACGGGUUCGCUUAUCCUCGAGCAGAAUGUGCGGGCACCCUUCCACUGCUUUACAUUCAGGUUGUGAUUGGGUUCAUGUUGGAGACGCUGAUGCUCGGCUUCAUCUUCGUCAAAGUGGCGAGACCCAAGUAUCGGGCACAGACCAUUCUCUUCUCCAAACGCGCCGUGGUGUGCCUGGAGAACGGUGUGCCGUGUUUACAGGUUCGAGUGGGUGACCUGCGAAAAUCUCACUUACUGGACGCCUCCAUGACCGCCAUGGUGAUCCGCAGGCACUCCGCACCAGAGGGAGCGUUCUAUCCUCUCUACCAGCACAAGGUGGAGUUUGAAGCCCAUGGAAUGGGUAGUCGCAUCGUGUUGAUGUGGCCCAUCAUUUUGACACACCGCCUGACGCCUGACUCGCCUCUCUACGACAUGAGGCCAGCGGAUCUGAUGUCAGAAAGGAUGGAGCUGGUCCUGUUUCUGACGGGAACCGUUGAAGCCACGGGAGAAAUCUGCCAGGCCAGGACGUCCUACACUCCACAAGAGGUCAUGUGGGGUCACCGCUUCGAGCGCAUGGAGGAGUACGACAUGACACACGCGCGGUGGCACGUGGACUUUGCCAGCUUCGAUGACGUCGUGUACUGCCAGAACCUACGUCACAGCGCGCGCGAACUGGCGGAGCUGAAAGCCGCGCGACCGGAAAUAACGGCCAAACCGGAAGAGGAAGAAGCGGAGGCGACGAAGGGAAGCAAAGGAGCCAGAGAAAAACUAAAGGCCCUUCCGGUGUCACGUGAUAUAGCCGUGAGCGAAAGUUAUCAAAGAGCCUUGCGGCUGUUUCGACACGAGCGCAACUGAACGGGUGUCACCCACCCGACAGUCAAGCUCAGGUCCAGAUCGUAUGUGUGUGAGACUUCGAGAGAUCUCUGGCUUUCUGAGUUAGGGAUGCCAAUCCCCCUCACUCGAGAAAAUAAUGCAGUUGUUUUGACUGGAAUUACAUGCAAAUAAACACACCUGAACAGAA